GAUCGAUUGACGCUUCUUCUCUGGCUAUCCGGCGAGAUUUCGUGCCGAUUAGCUCGUUCCAUUGAAGCGAUAGCAGCUCCGCCUCGAUCGGGCGUGUGAUUUCCAGCCAAUGCGGCAGAGAUUUGCUUGCUUUGGCAUUGCCCGAUCGAUGUACAUGGUUUUUCUCUAGCAAAAUUGAUCUAAAUCUCGAAAUAUUUGUGUUGUGGUAGACAGGUAUCGUAAUGGCUCUCCUAUCUUCUUCCAGCUGCUUCAUGAACAAGGCAGUUUUCCCAGUAUUCCAGCACGAUCUUUGUCGUACUCCAAAAUUCGCUCUCCAAAGCAGAAGGCCAGCCACCAAAGUAGCGGCAUUUUUCGAUCCCAGAGAGGACCCAAUUGUGAAGGAAGCUCUCAAGGAACCGAUCGCUUUCCUCGGUGGCGUCUUUGCGGGAAUGCUCCGCCUCGACUUAAACGAGGAGCCUCUCAAAGGCUGGAUCGAAAAGACUGCCGCGGCAGCGAAGCUCCAGGCUGACGAGAAGCUGGAGACGAUCACGGACAAGGACGAUGGCGGUCCCGAAGAGAUCCAAAUCGAAUGAAGGAGCGCCAGAUCUCCUGAUAUACCUGGUGAGAGAAACAAAAGGCGUCAAGCUUUGCGGUAUGGCCUGUAAAUGCGACUCAAGGCAGUUGUUGCGUAGGCAGAAAAUUGCGGUUGCCAAAGGUGCUCGUCUCGAGGGACAGGGCAUUUGCAGGCGACCACACCCAACACAGGGAAAUAAAUUUCUAGCUCUCUCUCUCUGCGCAUCGGAAAGGGUACUGCACACUCGCAGACAGGAGCGCUUGAAGAUUUUCACGUGCUGGAGCUGCUGCGCUCACAUGAAAACGAUUCCAUGGUUUGGGAGCUCGAUUUGAUUUCGGCAGGGGAGAAGUGAGAGCGGGGAAAAGGAUUUCUUCUGCGAUUGUCAUCUGUGACGAUGGCCUUUACGGGACCACUCCGACUCCAAUCCACUUAUGAUAUUCAACCGCAAAGAAGAAAACAAGCGAGCGCAUCCAAACAAGAGGCAUUUUGAGGAGACCCAUGGACAGUUUCGCUGCAGCUGGUCCGUGAUGUCACUGCAGCGCUGGAUCGAGAACAGGUGGUGAUCGCUCGUGAUCUUGCUAAGAGGACGACAGGCGUAGCAGCGGCACAGCAGGGAAGCGACCGAUGAAUGGAUCGAUCAAUCAAUCACAAGGGUAUUUACACUCUCGCUCCGCUGGUUUUUCUGGAUCGAUCAUCACUUUGGCUCGUCCACACCACUCACUUUGUUAUUAAGCUGACUUCGACCGCCACUCGCUCACUCUCUCGUCUUUGCAAAUCUCUCAGCAAGGAAGACGAAGAUGGUAGUAGCAUUUUUCCCGCUGAAAGCAACAGCGACCAAUCAACGCCAGUGGCGAGUGACGAUUCGGGAUCAACAGACAAAAAGAAAUUCGCGGAGAUCCAUUCAAACAGUCGCCACAACAGCGCAGCGCUGCCAGGCGGAAGAAUAGCGAAUUUUUAAGAGAUUUACACAUCGCCCAGCCAAGGUAUAAAGGAGGGGCAAUUAAAACUCGCGGCCCAACGGCCCAGAUUUCUCCCGGGAGCGAAUAUCUGGCAUUGAAUGGAUGCUGGCGGCAGCGAAUAUCCACGCGCGGUUAAUUAAAUGGGCGCAGCUUAGGAUUAAUUGCGUGUAAAACGGCUGGCUUAGGGUUUAGACGCUAGUGAAGAUGGAUGGCUCCAUUUUUUUCUCUGGAGGAUUUCACUCGCCUUGACCGCCACGAUCUAGCCUAGCGGCGUGUUCUUGCGCGAAUUGGCCGGGAUUUCCAGGAGCAAUCGAUCGAUUCUUCUUCUUCUUCUCUCCCUCUCGCGCUCGCUGCUACUAGAUCGAUUUGGCGAUGGAUCCAGGGGUGUGCUUGGUUCAUCCCAGCAAGAGGCAACCGGUGGGGGUUUGUCACUUGUGCCUCCGGGAUCGCCUCGUCCGGCUCUCUCUCUCGGGCGAUUCUUCCAGCAGCCACACGCUCCUCCCGAAUUCCUCCUCCUCCAGGAGCUCCUUCGAUUCCUCCUCGUGCUCCAAGACCGACGACAGCAACGGCAAUGGCAAAUGCGGCAGCGGCAGCGUCGUCGGUAAGCUCGGCACGAUCUUCUCGCUCAUGGAGAGCGAUAGCGAGGAGGCAGUGGCUCGAAUAGAAGAGAAAGAGGGGGAUGGAGACGAGGACGACGACGAAGAGGUAGAGCAGAGCGUUCCAUCGUGUCUUCCCAGGUCCAAAUCUCUCUCGCAGUGGCAGCAGCAGCACCCGCCGCGGCGGAGCUCCAGCACCAAGGAUCCAGCGUUUGCGCGAUUCGCCGCUCCCGAUUCAAGAAAUGGGGGGGAAGGAGGGUUUCCAGCGGAUGGAUUCUCCUCCGCUCGGAACUGCAAGAAUGCCGCUGGAUCCUAUCACAGUCCCCUGGUAUCGGCAUCCGCCACGCCCGUGGCUCAUCACGUUGACAGGGAUCAUCGCGGCGCCAGGAAUCCCCAUCACCACAGCGGCGGCGGCGGCAAGCUCUCCUGGAUCUCCUCCCUCUUUGGGCUGCGCAAGAGGAAGAAGAAGUCCAGCCACAACGGCGCCGUGGAGACGAAUUUCUUCCCUCCCGAGGCCUGGAACGACGAUUUCCACCACCGCGGCGCGCACGCCGAUCGCGAUCGCCUGUGGCGCAGCCGAUCGGUCUCCUCGGGGCGCGUGAUCAAGAAGAGCUUCACUCCUCUCGGGGAUCCUCCAGCCGAUCAUUCCAGCGCGCCCACUGGAAUCGACCCUGCGACCUCCUCCUUGGAGCCCCCGAGGGCGUCGGCGCCGGGAAUCGAACCCCGGGUGGCCUCGCUCAUCGCGCUGGACAUGAGGGAGGCGACCAAGGUGAUUACCAACGCGGCAUAUGACGUGGAGGACAGCGGGGACGGGGGUGCCGCGUACGUGGCGGGGCCGAGGUCCAGCGUGGCGUCCUUGAUGGACAUCGACCGCAAGUGCACGGCCGCCACGUGUGCCAGCCCGACCGUGCUGCAGAGGAGCCGGAGCACGGGCGGGUGGCGCCGGAUGAUACGGAGUGAAUCCCCGUCGUCCGUGCUGGCGAAUCCGACGGCCCAUGGUAGUGGUAACGGUCACAGUGAUUGGGGAUUCUAUCUAACUCCGCUGAGGACUUUUAACAAGAGCAGGGGUGGUAGCAAGCAGGGGCGCUGAGAUUAACGCAAAAACUAUGCGAGAUCGGAUCAAACAGUGGCUUGGAUCGAUCGUGUCGAGGCUUACUUUGCAUUUAGGAUUGAUGGCUCUAAUGUAAUUCUUCUUUUUUUCGUUUUGUGAAGCUACACACUGGAAGAGAUUUGAGAAAAGUUUGAGAGUGACGAUGGAAGAACAAAAACAAAGCUGUACAGAUUGAGGCCCACUAGGGAACAAGGAGAUUUUUUGGGAGUAGAAGACAAGACUACCCACCGGUGUGUUAUAUAAAAUUUUCUCUCAAUUCUGUAAUUUCUCUCUUUCCUCUCUCUGGGAUUCACUCAAGUGAAGAUGGAUUCAAAAGAGACGAUGGAGUGAUUUGCUCU